UCCCGAGAAGGGCUGCUUCCUUUCUCGAGGUCAGAGAGGCUGAAAGGGCCAGCCCUGGAGAGCAAGGCUGGGAAGGGUCCAGAGUUAGGAGUCUGAGGAGAGAAGGCCAUUGGCCAGUUCUGAGCUGUAGUGGUACGGGGCCUGCAGGGGGACCCAGCUCCCCAUGCCAAGGGAGAUCAGCUGAGCCUCCCAGGAGUGGCUGUACUUUAAAAUACAGGGAAGACAAUGUUCAACCUAAAGGAAUGAAUGACUAAUGGGGUUAUUUUAGGUAUGCAGUAGUACUUGGUGGCCUAGUCUUCUUGAUCCCUCUAAUUACUUAAACCAGUACCGACCAGAGUGAGGAGAGGCUCAUUUGGGGUGGGAGCCCUCAGACCAGGGAGCCCAAUGGACUGGGCUGUAUCCUUAGGCCUUUCUCUACUAAUGGGAGGGAUGGGGGCCUACGCCGGCUGCCAUCCUCCUGCAGGCAGACCUAGGCUGGGAUCCUGCUGGGGCACAGGGCCUGGGGCAGCCAGGCCCCCUGUGUGGGCUCAACCCACCAGGGAGAAGUCCCUGCCAGUCUGUCUGGGGACGCUGGGGCAGGGCACGGAGAGGUGCUGGGCAGGGCCAGCUGGCUGCUGGUGCCCCGGUCCUUGCCCUCUGAGAGUGGAUGGGUGGGGGCAGUGGCCGCGGCGUUCCUGGCUGGGAGCCCAGAGGAGUCUUUUGUAAUCACAACAUGAUCUCGUGUGCUGAGCAGCAAAGCCGGCCGGGAGAGGCCGGCAGAGGCCCGGCUCCAGUGGCUCCGGCUUCCCUCCUGCUCUCGCUCCCCCGGGGCUGCUCUGGAAUUCUCUCGGUGCCUGCGGUUGCCAUGCAGUCGGCUGGGCCUCAUGGGGCCGAGUCCCCGAUGAGCAGACAGGAAGAGAAGGACGCAGAGCUGGAUCGGAGGAUAGUUGCCCUUCGCAAGAAGAACCAGGCCUUACUACGCAGGUACCAGGAGAUCCAGGAAGACCGUCGGCAGGCAGAGCAGGGGGGCAUGGCUGUGACCACGCCGGAGCUCCUCCGACCUGAUGGCCUCACUGUCACCAUCAGCCAGAUUCCUGGCGAGAAGCGGGUGGUCAGCCGGAACUGGGCGAGGAGCAGCCUGGGAUCCAGGGCAGCCGAGGAGAUGCUUGAGGAUGAGGAGGUGGAGCACCACACCGGUGCUUUCUGCUUGGGGGAGCGGGUGGAGCUGGCUGUGACCAUGGAAAACAAAGCUGAGGCCAAGCGGAUCGUAAGUGAGAAGCCCAGCAGAGCAAGGAACCAGGGAGCAGAAGGGUCACCUGGAGGGGGCUUGGGCCAGAGCCCCUCUAUGCAGAUGGCCAGCAGCUCAGAUUCUGCACGGAAGGGCGCUCGGGAGCCCCGGAGUCCAGGCCUGGUCCCAGGCCCAGCUCCCCGCCGGCCAGUGGGGGGACCCCCAGAAGUGGGCUGGGACUAUGCUCAGUGGAAACAGGAGCGGGAGCAAAUUGACCUGGCCCGCCUCGCCCGGCACAGAGAUGCACAGGGUGACUGGCGCCGCCCAUGGGACCUGGACAAGGCCAAGCCCACGCCACAGGACUCCAGCAAGCCUCGAGAAGACGGCCCGGCCAGGGCGGGCAGCACCAGGGGUCCCAGGAGCCACCGGAAGCUGCAACCACCACUGUUGCCCCCUGAUGGCAAAGGUGGUACUACUCGGGGUGGGCAACCCAGCAGACCCUCGGGGGCAUCAGCCACACGCAGCAAAGCCCGGGGGAUGGAAAGGCUGACUGGCAGGGCCCGCAGGUGGGAAAUGAAGGAGGACAAAGAGGGGCUGGAGAGUCAGGAGGGAAGCCAAAGCACCAGAAAGACUCCAAGUGAGAAGGAACAUGCACUGACACAGAGCAGGAUGGAGCCGGGCAGACCCAUGAGCGCCCCAGCAACCAGCCCAGCCCCAGCAACCCCAGAGGGGCCGAAAGGGGAGUCAGGAGCUUCCACAGCCAGUCCUGGCCCUGGCUCUCCACAAAACACUGACUUGGUUCCCCUUGACCUCUCUCUAGGAGGGGCUAGUAGCCCUGGACCCAGGGAGAGUGUGUGUGCGCUCAAUCUAAGGCCUGGGUCUCAGGAGAGCCCUGUGUCCUGUCCGGAUGGUUCUGAGCAGCCCCUGGGGUGGCACGAUGACCCCCAGGCCAAGCUGGAAGUCCAGACUUGCUCCGAGCCACAAAGAGGGACAGGGCCCCUAGAGCCCAGAGAAGACAGGUCUGGUAAGGCUGGGGCCCAGCAGGGCCUGGCACCGCGAAGCAGGACCCCCAGAGGAACUGGCCAAAGGGCGAGGGGCACAGGAGGCAUGAGGAGCAGGACAGGGGGUCCUGGCCCUGCAGGAAGAUGCUGAGCAAAGCUGUGGGCAGGGGCCAGGCUGGGGAGAGGAGGAGGGAGGAACGCAGUCAAGAGUCUCCUGUGUAGUGGGCGUCUGGUUGCUGGUGGCUGUGGCAGUCUAGCUGAGCAGUUUGCCAAACUCUCUGGCAGAGUGACAUUGUGAGGGCAAGUAGCUGUCCUUCCCUGCACCUCACGUGCACAUCCCUGUGCACAUGUGUGUUUUCAUGGGCAGGUACAGCCCCUGGUGUA